CACUUCGUAGUUCGAUCCUUCAACACUCACUUACCUGAUUAUUUUUCUGCCUGGCCGCCAUGUCGGCCGUUUCCAGCCCAGUUUCGAGCUUUUUACGAGGCUCCGUGGGUAAUAUCGGCGGAGAGAGCCUCUCGAGCAAGUUGUCUAUUAGCCAGCAGUCUGUUCGCGUCGCUUCAUUCAAGAAGCACUCCCUCGCUUCUGUCACCUCCGCUCCGCGCGCGUCCAUUUCUCAUAACGGCGACUCCGUCAAGCCUGAGAAUCUGAGAUCGAAGCGGCUCGUGCCGUCCGCCGUGGCUAGCGGGCAUGCGGCAGUGAGCAACGCGCCCAGCGCAUUCCACACGGAAGAUGGCUACCUUUACGUCGAAAACCUGCGUGUCGCAGACGUGGCAGACGAGAUCUGGCAGCAGGAGGACAACUUCCGUCCCUUCUACCUGUACAGCCGUCCGCAGAUCCUGCGCAACUAUAACGCGUAUGUGGAGGCGCUGAAGGGGCUGCCGGGGUCGAUCAUCGGGUACGCGGUGAAGUCGAACAACAACCUCAAGGUGCUGCAGACGCUGUGCGCCGCGGGCAGCGGCGCCGUGCUCGUCAGCGGCAACGAGCUCCGCCUCGCGCUGCUCGCCGGCUUCGACCCCUCCAGGUGCGUGCUCAACGGCAACGGCAAGCAGCAGCACGAGCUGGAGCUGGCGGCGGAGCACGGGUGUCUGAUCAACAUCGACAGCGAGUUCGACCUUGAGCACGUCACCAGGGCCGCCAUCACCACCGGCAAGGUCGUCAACGUGCUGCUGCGCAUCAACCCCGACGUCGACCCGCAGGUGCACGCGUACGUGGCGACGGGCAACAAGAGCAGCAAGUUCGGCAUCCGCAACGAGCGGCUGGGAUGGUUCUUAGACCAGAUCCGAGCGCGGGAGGGGCAGCUGCGCCUGGUGGGCGCGCACUGCCACCUGGGCUCCACGAUUACCAAGGUGAACGUGUUCCGCGACGCGGCGAACAUCAUGGUGGGGUAUCUGGACGAGAUCCGCGCGCAGGGCUUCCCCGUGCAGUACCUCAACAUCGGGGGCGGCCUCGGCAUCGACUACUCGCGCUCCAACGCGCCCCUGCCCUCGCCCACCGACCUCAUCGACACCGUGCGGGAGAUAGUGACGGACCGCGGGCUGACGCUGAUCAUAGAGCCGGGGCGGUCGCUGAUUGCCAACACGGCGGCGUUUGUGUGCCGCGUGAUCGGCGUGAAGAGCAACGGCAACAAGGACUUCCUCGUCGUCAACGGCUCCAUGUCUGAGCUCAUCCGCCCCGCGCUCUACGACGCCUACCAGCACAUAGAGCUGGUGGCGCCGGCGCCGGUGGGAGCGGAGGAGCGCAGCUUUGACGUGGUGGGGCCCGUGUGCGAGUCUGCUGACUUCCUCGGCAAGGCACGCGCACUGCCCACGCCACAAGAGGGGAGUGCUCUUGUGGUGCACGAUGCUGGAGCUUAUUGCAUGGCCAUGGCCUCCACAUACAACCUCAAGAUGCGCCCUCCUGAAUACUGGGUCACCGAGGAGGGAAAGCUGGAGAAGAUUCGUAAGGGAGAGACGUUUGAUGACCACCUUCACCUUUUUGAAGGUUUAUAAGGCGGAUGUGAAUAGGCAUAGGUUUGUAAGGUUUAGUGUGCAAUCCUUCUGCUGAGUAAAAUCGGUUUAUCCAGCUCGGAUGUUUGAAAUAAAUUGGCAAUAUAUUUUGGAGAAACUA